AUGGAUGCUCGACCAACAACAACCGAUCUUGUGACUUGGAGUGACGGAGGCCUACAUAUUCCAAUCUCAGAUUCCACUCCACACCACCUCCAAGCUGCACGCUCACGAAAACAGAACUACCACAGGGUGAAUAUCCUUCACAGCGACUACAUAAUCACCACCUUCAUCGAUACCAUGGCCGCCGAGGACAAUUCCUUUGUCAAACAAUCACUCACCGAGACCCUCACCGGCCCAUCCGCAAGCGCGCGACUGGCUCCGAAACCAACUCUGGGCAAAACACGCCGCCUGAUCAACUCGAAAGACAUGGCCAGUCGGAAAGCCAAGGCGGAUGAGGAGUCGGGUGGCAUCCUCAAGUCGCUCGGACUUACGCCAACAGCCCGAAGAGCCCACAAGUCGUCGCCCGACAAGCAGGAAGCGGUCACCGAUUGGGAGGAGGUCGAAAACCUCGACGGCAUCGCCGAACCCAACUCACUCCAUCCUUUCGAUCCAUCGCCCUCCAAGGCUCAUCACUCCUCAAGACCAUUAUCCGGUUCACAAGAGUCCACCAAGCCGUCAAAGAGCGAUCCGGACUCGAUGCAUCUCAAAUCUCAAUACCAAUCCUCCUCUGACCCUCCCAACAAUCAUCGCCAGUCGUCACCCAAAUCAAGCGAAUCAACGCUCAUCCUCAACCUGCGUCGUCAGCUGGCCGAAUCUCAGACAGCUCGCGAAGAAUUGGCCUUGCAAAAUACCAAACUAGAGCGCGAGUUGAUCGAGCUCAAAGGGGAUAACAAAGCCAAAGCUGACGGGAAACUCUUGGGUGCAAGAGAAUACCAAGAACUGGAGAGGCAGUUUGAUGAACAGGAGAAAUUGCUCAGUGGGUAUCAACGAGAAAAUGAACGCUCAUUGAUCGAACUAGAAGCGACCAAGGUAAAAAUGACCAAGAUGUCGAAUCUACUAGCGAAAGUGUAUGGUCCGGAUUGGGAGGAGACGAUUCCGAGUAUGAACGACAGUUCACCGGGAGGGACGAUGAAGCAGAACUCGCUACCCGCUCGGAUCCAAUCCUCACCUUCCACAAUCAACUCCACUGCCAUUCCCAACACACCCUCCGAGAAACUCAGUCUGCAAUUGGCGCAAGUUCAGUUGCUCGUACAAGGGAUGGAGAGACGAUUGGUCAGCCGGGAAGCCGAACUCGAAGACUUGCACAAACAGACCAAACUCGAACAUCUCUCCAUCCAAGAGUCUCUCAAUCGCUCCCUGCCUAAACCUCAUCCUCCUCAAUCCUCGAAAUAG